AGGAAGGAUGUGGAAUGAUUGGUAUUUCAUGGAUCUUCGGUGUCGGUCUUCAUCCGACAAACAUUUGUUGAGUGUCUGGGUCAGGCACUGGGGAAGCACCCUCCUUGGCUAGAGCCCUAUGGAGGUGUCAGUCCCAGGACCACCAAGGUGUAGAUGCUCUGAUAGUCAUCCCUACUGGAUGAACGGACACCCAGGCAGGAGGUCAGUUCCUUCUGGGGGAGCCGUGACUGAAGAUCACACUUAAAAUAAGGUCUCCCUAGGUGGAAGGGGGCAAAAGGAUUAGGGGUAAGGAAGAGCCUAUGUAAAGGUAAUAGGCAUGAAACGUGUGGGUACUGCUGGGUUUUGCACCAUGGAAGAGCCUAGGUGGGGUGUGUGGUGAGGCUGGAGGUGGUUUCAGAGAGCACAUCAAGCUGGGCUAGCGGUACGGACUGGAUCCUAUUAGCGCCCUAAGUAUUUUAGGCAAGGCAGUGGCAUGGUGAAAUUUGUCUUUUGGUGUUAAUAUACCAGCAGUGAGUAGGAUUGCUGGGAACUCAGUUAAGUUCAUAGGAAACGUGAAUAGAGGGAUGUAUCUCAGGUUUGUGAAGCUGUGCCAGUGUUGGCAAGGGUGAGUGAGAGAAGGUGGGGCUGUGGCGAGUGCAUCCCCUUGCUGACUGUGGAGGAAGGGAUGGGGUAGACCCAGUUCAGUGUAGUCUGUUCUUUCCCCACACUCAAUGGAGAGGUGGGGCCACAAUGAGGAUGCCAAGUGAUACAGAGAUAGAGGUGGAUAGUCUUUCUUCGAGACUUUUUUAUUCCAGAUAGGACACACUUGAGCUGGGGUAUGGUAGGGGAAGUGAAAGCUGUACUAUAGUUUUAAGUCUUGAUAAGGCAUAUCAGUUGUUUCCAUUAUGACUUGAACUUGGGUCGUAUUGAGUUAGGGUUUCUUCUAUUACAACCCGUGAUCCUUCUUUGCUAUGUUUGCUAUGUUUGAGUAGUGAUGUGGAAAAGAUCUCAAAAGUAAAGCAAAGUGGAAAAAAAAGAAGAGAAGUUUCUGUAAUCAUUGUUUAUACUGAGCAAAUGUUAAAUUUGUUUGCUUUUCUUAAGAACUAAAACCUUAUGAAUACCAGCUUUUUUUUUUUUUUUUUUUUUACCAUUGGAGCUCUUAAUAUCACUCUUCGUUCCAGUUCCCUUCCUCUCUGGGUGUUCUUAAUAUCUUGCAAAGGCGUAGUAUCAGGCUGGGACAAGGCGGCUCAGUCCUGUCUGCACAUUCCAGCCCCUUCCUACCCCCAGACAGUCUGGAAGCAGGAGCUGAGCCUCCAGCCCACGGACGAAAGAAAAUGCGCGUGAGAGAGGUGUUCAGAGCCACCCAGCUCAGUAGAGGCCGAGCCAGCACUAGCGCCCAGGGCUCCCAACGCCAGGCGGGGGCUUCCUCCCGCACGCCUCGGGUCAUCGCUAAAACCCGCCCCUUCCCACCUCCACCCAUUCAGACCCUCCCACGGAUUUCCUCUCCUCCCGGGGAAGGACUCUGAUAGGCGGUCCUGGAGAGAAAACCCAGAACAUACCUAAGACCAACCUCGUGUGUGUUCAGGAGAGAGAUAGGUGUGGGGUCCAGUUGAUGCUUCCAGCCACAGUAUAUUUGCUCCUAAACCUUCGUGUUCCUGUUCCCUGGCAAAAUGAGGAAAGGAGGAGGGCUCAGGAGAAGCCAUCAGAUCUUGUCCCAUAUUUGGUAUCUGCUUUUCCCAGCCCACAAGGGAAGGACCAUGUGCCAGGGGUCGUUGUCGUUCAGAGAUGUGGCUGUGGGCUUCACCCGAAAGGAAUGGCAACAGCUCGACCCUACACAGAGGAUGCUGUACCGGGACGUAAUGCUGGAGAACUACAGCCACCUGGUCUCCGUGGGAUGUCAAGUCACCAAACCAGCUGUGAUCUCCAGGUUGGAGCAAGGGCAAGAACCAUGGAUGGAAGAGGAGGAAAUCCUCAGAUGGAGCUUUCCAGAAGAAAUUUUGCAAGCUGACCACCAAGUAGGUAGACCCCAGGGACACCAAAACAAACUUCUGAGGCACAUUGCAAUCCUUGACAAGCAAGAACUAGCCAAGAAAGGGUAUCACGGAUGUAGCACAAUUGAAAAAACAGUCUUUCAGGACACAAACCAGGCUCCCUCAAAGCAGCCAGCCCAUACCUGUGACUCAUGUGGAAUGAGUUUGCCAUGUAAUGUAGCCGUUAGCCCUAAUGCCUACCUCGCCAGAAGGAGAUUUGAGUGUGAUGGACAGGGGAACUUAUUUCUGUACUCUAAGCUCGAAACACCCCCUUCUGGAGUCCAGCCACGUGAGUGUGACAGGUGCCGGAAUGCCCUCAGCCGUGACCAGGCCCUUCGUGCCCACCAGGGUGCUGGCAGUGCCGAGAAAGCCCACAGGUGUCCCCAGUGUGGGAAAGGCUUCUCCUGUGAACCGGAACUCAUUGUGCACCGGAGGGUUCAUGGGGGUGAGCAGCCCUCUGCACCUGGUGCACAGGGCCUCAGCUGCAAGAAGGAGGUUUGCCUCCCCAAACGCCGGGGAAAUCAUACCAAAGAGAAACCCGGGGGGGACAGCGGUGGUGGGAAGACACUGCCCCAGAAGAUAAGCAUAUCGGUGCCGGUCGCAGUGCUUGCCGGAGGGAAGCCCUACAAGUGCUCCGAGUGUGAGAAGAUCUUCUCCCAUAAGUCCCGUCUCAUUGAGCACCACCGGUCCCACACCGGGGAGAAGCCCUACGGCUGCAAAGAGUGCGGGAAGUCUUUCUCGCGAAAGUCGUGCCUCAUCAUCCACUACCGCAUCCACACCGGCGAGAAGCCCUAUGGCUGUGGCGAGUGUGGGAAAGCCUUCUUCCAGAAGUCUCACCUCAUCCUGCAUCAGAGGACUCACACAGGGGAGAAGCCCUACAAGUGCAGCGAGUGUGGGAAAGCCUUCUCGCAGAACUCCUGCCUUAUCAUCCACAAGAGAACUCAUAUGGGCAAGAAGCCGUACGAGUGCUCAGAGUGUGGGAAGACCUUCUCCCAGAAGGCGAACCUCAUUCGCCACCACAGAAUCCACACCAGGGAGAAACUGUAUGGGUGAAGGGAGAGUGCGGGCUUUGUCCCGAGUCCCAGCCCACCUGGGAAUAUGAACCCCUGGAUGUUCUGAGUGUGGAAAACCUUUCAUCAGGGAGUCCAGUGCCACUGUGUGCAGAGAUUCAUACCGAGGUGAAAUUCUUCCAGUCUGUGGAGAAUUAAGAAGAGCCCAUCUCUUACAACUAACAGUAGAAGGGUAAUGAUGCUCUAGAGUGUUAUAUUUUUAUAAGAUAUGCCUCAUUAUAAAAUCUAUCUGAAUUACCUGUGGCUAAUGAGCUUUGAAGUCCGUGAAUAAAGUAAAUCAUUAAGACAACAGAUCUAAUAAACAUCAGAACAGUCCCAGGGCACAAAGAGGGCUUACGUCCCUGAGCAUGCUGCAUAGAAAGAAUCUGCUUUAUUUUUAAACUGCAUCGCUAAUUAAACAUAAGUGUGAGCCUGUGGGCACACACACCAGAAUAUACAGAAUGACAGCUGUCAGACUCCCCUAAAUCACACCCUUUUGUCUUCAUAAUGUACAUUAUACCUAGAAAAGUAGGAGUUUAUUCUUAAGCCAGGAGUCCAGACACCAUACCAACAUCUCAUUUAUUUUUGUUUGUUUGUUUGCUGGCAAGCAUUACAGGGCCCCCUACCCCCGGAUCUGGAAACCAGCAGGUUCAUGACAUCUCAUCACCUCUCCAUCGUCUAGUUCACAAUUAGGUUUCAUAUUAAAUGUGUAAGGUUAGAACUCCCUUUUCUGGCAAUAUAUCAGACCACCCAAGGUGAAAGCCAUUUUAUCAGAAAUGACAAAUAAUAGAGAACAUUCUUUUAAAUGCAUAGUUCAAAUUGACCACCAAUAAAAAAUAAAUUUAUUAAAAAUAAAUAAAUAAAUAAAUAAAUAAAUAAAUGCAUAGUUCAGCUGGCAAGAAUGGCGUUACCAGGUGUCAGAGAGCUGAACUGAACUGAGAGCCAAAGAUUAAGUUUAGGGGCUGAAGCUGGAGCUGCCCUGUGGUUGUAACUUGGUUGACCCCAAAGCUUGGGUGUUCAAGACCAAAGGAGGACAUGAAGCAAGGCCUUGGGGCAUGUGAGGCAGACCGUGGGUACUGAAGUAACUUACAAAUUCAGAGAUUUCAGAAGUCGCUCUGUACAGGAAAAGGGUGGACUAGCAGCAAAAUCUCACUUGGGUGGGAAGCUUGUCUUUCUCUCCAUGGGCUCUGAUGGGGGAAGAUUUGCCCUGAUGACUCAUCAGCCCUGACCACCCCAUGUGAGUCAGAGUUUGGAAUUCACCCUAUUCCUGUCCCAGUUUUAAAACUGACCAGUGAAUAGAGAAAUUGGCCCUGUCUUUGGAACAAAUGACAGAAGCAAACAAAAUACCUUUUAGAGGGAGACACCCUCAACCCAUGUCCACCAGGAUUCUGAUGGACAAACCCAACAUGAGUUCAUAAUCCAAAACUACAAAGCAUGAGGAACCGGGCUGCCACGGGAGUCAGCGAACACAUGAACAAAAUAACAUCCAGGAUUUUAGGGUCAUAGAAACACAUGAACCUCUAUAACAAUAGCUCCCUUCACAAAUGAUUAAAAACAAAAAGUUGAAACCACGUGAAAGCAAGGCACAAAGACAGAUAAUGGGUUUCUUUGGAAAGGGGACCCCACAGAGUGUAGAAAUGAGUACUGGCAUUGCGAUGUGAACAUCACAAUACUCAGCUGCAGAGAGAAGGAACAGAAAAGUAGAGCGAAGCAAAGUCAUAGGAUUCAGUCUACAGAGAGGCACUUAAAGUGAGAAGAGCCAGCAGGAGUUCCCAAAAGACAAAAUAGAGGAAGAAAAGUAUUCAGAGAAAACACGGCUCAAGUCUGACAAGACACAUGCACUCGUAGAUUCAGGCGGCACAGUAUGUGCCCAGGUGGAUGAGCCGUAAAUCUGCGUGGUAGACACACACCUGUCGAGAGCUGCUGAGCUACUUGAUAGUAUCACUGCUCUGCACCUGCGUGGUCUGGCUGAGCAGUCUGUGGGGACCUGACUCAUGGUGGCCCCCAGAUGGCAGCUGCAGAGCCACAAGCGAAUGUCAGGUCCCCAUGUGGCUUUUCCCCCCAUGCUCGUGAGUGCCGUCUCCCCUGCUUAUCAGCACCUGUCCGCCUUAUGUGCUCCUUAGCCAAGACCCCUGUGGAGCUUACCUAAACCCUGCUUUUCUGGUUUGAAUUGACCAGUGUGGUCCUAGCCCGGGGACUCUAAUAAAGACAUGUGCCGCGGG